AUGGACAUCGAAUCCUCCGCGCGGCAACUAGACGAUGAAAACGGCUGGAGUGGUAGAGAGACUUUCGCCUCGUCGGUCAAAAUAGGGUCGAAGAAGCCGAUUCUGAACCUUGAGGAGAUUGAGCAUCAUCUUCAAGAUGUGCAGUGUGGCGACCAACGCAUGAGGUUACAUUUCGUCGACGCAUCAUCGGCACGAGAUGCAAGAGCUGCUUGCCACGGCGGACACGGAGGCCUGGGUGGCCUCAUCAUCACAUCACAUGAAGGCUGCAAUAAAGACGGCGAGAGAGCGGUGUACAGGGUCGAUGACAUUUCGUAUGCCGAAGAAGGCGUAGCCCUUGACCUCGCCGUCACAGAAGCCUUGUGGCAAGACGCCUUCGACAAUAUCGAUAUCAACUUCGGACACUCACAAUACGAUCACAUCUACAGACGGCACUCUGACUUCUCGCGAGCGCGCAGAAAGCGUCAAGACAAUCUGACAGUUGAGAUCCCCACCGACACUCCUGAUGAUGUCACCGAUGUCACAUUUGAUCUCAGCUCCGAGCUUCUCGACACCACCUUCUCUGCAACCGACUUCCUCACCGGCAUCGAUAGCCUAGUCCCUGUCUCGGGUGUUGCGGUGCCUGACCCACCCAUCGAGAUUGGUUGCAAAAAUUGUUCAACCAGGGGCCAGAUCAUCCUUACGCAGGGCGCGAUCAAUAUCAACACGAAGCAGAUUGACCUCGUUCCUGAUAUCUUUGAGGGCGGCGAUGAUGGCAAGGAAAUCAACAGCAUCAUCACAGGCGGGUAUAUGGAUCUUGCUGUGACCGGUGUGGGGGCGCGCCUGGAGAUGUUUGCUCACCCAGUCAGCUCGGGGUCUUAUGAGAUUGCGUUGUUUCCAUUACCGAUUCUAGGUUUCGUCAUCCCUGGUAUUGGUCAAGCGGGAGCGAGUUUCGAACCGAAAAUCAGCGUGGACUUUGAGAUUGACGGUGAGCUUGCUGUCAAUUACGGUUUCGAUGUUGCUAUUCCAGAUGGCGCCGGCAUCAAAGUCGAACUUGGAGAUCUCACUAACACAACCAUCACGGGCAUCAAAGGAACGACCCUCAACGCCCUACCGUUCACCUCGAGCGCCACUGACGUCGACCUCUCUCUCAGCCUGGCAUUCGCACCGACGAUUCCAAUCGGCUUCGAUUUCAGCGAUAAGCUGAGCGCACUGGUUACUGUCUCGAUGAACCUACCACGCCUUGAUGCCAGGCUAACCACCAACGCCAAGGAUCGGUGCAGUCUCUUCGACAAAGGUAACAAGACGAAGACGGACACCAAAGCAAAACCCAAAGGCGCCGAUCUCAGCUCCCUAGUUUUGGUGGAGGCCAAUGUCUCCGUGGCCAUCGACGUCUCUGCAGACCUCACGCUCCCCUUACUCCCCGCGCCGUUUGAUUCGGCUGGCACGUCUGCGCAGGUCUUUUCCACCAAGAUGCCCCUCAUGACCUCAUGCGUUACUCCAGUCAAGGGCAAGCUCAAGAUCACCGAGAUGCCACCAGUCGCUACGAUAGCCGCUGACAAGGCAGAGGUGAAAGCGGACAAGCCGUGCACGUGCGCAACGGCGACAACUACAGUGUAUGCCGCGCCGCCUACAGGCGCUCCUCCACCACUGGAAAUGACGCCCUACUAUCCCAAAGCACCUCCAGUCGAGACACCAUCAACAGAGGGAGAGCAGCCACCAGCAUCGACGGCGCUGGAGAUGACGCCUUACUACCCCGUCGACACACCGACCGGCGGAUACGGAUACGGACCCAGCGGACAGCAGCCGUCUCCAUCGCCCUCGUGCCCCAGCACUCAAACCGUGCGCAUCACCAUCUCGACACCACCUGCUUCAACCACAGAACCCCCCGCACCCCCGCCCAUCCUCAUAAUACCCGCCUCAAAACCCUGCAACUCAACCACUCCCGCCACGACCAUCCUACCUCCUCACUCAACAACCACACCAACCUCCCUCCCCUCUUCCUCCUCGCAGAUUACGUCCACGUGCACGUGCACGUCCAAGUCCCCUUCUGCCUCUACAACUACCACGGCACCACCGAAGAUCGAGGAGAGCAAGGGAUUCAUGGCGCCGCCGGGUAGCGCGACAGACACAGACACAGGCACAGGCAGCGCGACACCGACGUCCACCAGAGCGCCCGAUUUCACGGGCGCGGCGGAUCGGGGAGCGGGGGUUCCGGCGUUGAGGUGGACUGGGAUUGUGGGGUUGGGGUUGGGGGUGGGCGUUUUGAUGGCGUGA